GAUGUAAAUUUAUUAAUAAUGCUUCUUUAUAUUUUUAAUGUAUAAUUUAAACCUGCUAUUACAGAGAUAGUGAUUUGUUUCUGUACCAUUUCUAAUGAAAUGGACGAAUAUAUCAACUAAUUCUUCCUGUUAUAGAAAUAUAACUAUUAAGUUAAUAACUAUAUUGUGGUUUAGUGAGUUAUCUAUAUCGAGUGUAUCUGGAUUUGCUUCUAAUAACAGUGGCUACAUAUAUGGCUAUCACACGAUUCCAAACGAUUCCAACUUAUUUAUCACCAACACCUCUAAAAAAAAUGAUAAAUUUACUGUAAAAACAGAUUUAAAACCUUUGUAUACAACUCCUUCGAUUAUAGAAGAUGUAAAAUGUGGAGAGAUUCUUCUAGGAAUUCCCACCAAUGAAAAUGAUGAUGGCUCAAUUUCUGUAGACAUAGGUAUUCCACAAAAACUAGUAGUUCCGAAAUCAUCUAUGGUUUAUAUGGAUGAAUCUGAGAAAAGACAAUUUUAUUAUCUUCUUAAUCGUUAUAAUUCACCAAACAUUAAAACUUCCAGGUGUUUGAGUUUUGAUGAACUUAUACGGGAGACGAUCGAAGUUUCAAAAAAUAUACCAGGUAGAAAGAGAAAAACGUAUUUAAACCCCAAAAUUUCCUACCCUAAUGACUUUCUAAAAACAAAAAUUGAAAGUUACGAACAUUUUGGCACAAGUCUAGGUAUCUGUGGAAAAAUAACCUCAAAAUUAACUAAUGAUCACAAACAUGCAAACCUGUCUAAUAUUUCUGAUAGUGACAAAAUUGAAUUCGUAGUUACUAAUGUUAAUUUAUAUUCAAAUGUUAUAGAAGGUGAAUUUUUCUCGGAAGGAGUAAUAGAAUCUAAAAGGCGUAUUUACUUGUCUAUGGUUACAGAAUCGGCAAAUCCACUCUCACAUUUUACAAAAUUCAAGGCAAUAAUUCAUGAUAAAUACGGUACAAUAUUAAAAGUCAAACUUAUAGAUUCCAAAUUUACACAUUUAUCUGGAUUAAAUGCCUAUACAUUAUCUAAGGCUGAUGAUAAAAUAGGAGAUAUAAUCGAUGUUUAUUUAGCAGGAGCUGAUCCUGUACUUGAGCACAUAUACUUGUUUCGUUCACAAAGUGACUCUUUAUUGCGUUCUGAGAGGUUAAAUAAUAUAUUUAAUGGAUUAAUGAAACACUAUAUUGAUUCUGGAUCGUGGUUUAAAACGCAAAUUGAGACUGUAGAGAAUGAUUAUUUUACUCUUAGAAUAUUAGGACAUGAUGAUAAAAAAUACACGGGUUGCCUCACUAAGGAUAAGCUUCCUUAUUCAUUCCCUGAACAUGUUUUGAACGAAGUUUUUCGUAGGAUGAACCGAACAAGCGAAUAUUUUAAUAAGGAUGAUAUGAGAAUAGGUGUAAGUAAGUUAAACUAUAUAUCAAAUUAUGAUAAUAGCAUAUAUACAAGAGUAAGUGAAGUUGCAGUUCAAGGAAUUAGAGAUUAUUCAGAUAGUUUCUCAAAAAAAGAACAAAAAAACAUUUUUCUUACCUGCAAAAACACAUAUAUACCAGAUAACUUCAUUGAAAAGAUAUACUAUAAAAUUAUCACCCAAAAAGUUGCAAAUUUAGAUAUGAAAACAGGCGUUUCCUACCCAUGUUUACUUCUCGGAAAUGCAGAUGAGUGUAUUUAUUUUGCAAUAAACUAUAAAUUUAAAGAAAAUUUUACCCUAGAGGAUGAUUAUAUCGUGGGUAUUAUGGAGGUUGGACAAUACUCGAAACAUCUACCAUAUAAUGAAAUAGUACAUGUUAAAGUAUCAAAAAUAGAAACUUUUAACAUAGACAGGCGAUAUAUUGUCGAUACAUCUACCGAUAACAGUCUGAUAUUUAAGGAAAAUCCUUUAUUGGUCUGGUUGUUGCAUAAAAAUGAAGGAAUUACACACGGAGAUAAUUUAGAAUUGAAACAAAUAUCAUUAAUUUUUAUGGAUCAAUUAUAUUCUCUUGACCCAAAGUGUCCGCAGUUGAAUGAAUUUUUGGUAUUUCAGCCAAUAAUAGCUAAUUUUAGGGUCGAUAAAUCUCUUGGAGGAAGAAAACCACCUGACAAACAAAAUCCUCUGUAUAGUGACAAAAGAUUGGUACCACAGGAUAUUACUACAUCAGUACUUGGAAAACUUAAAAGGGUUGAUGAACAAAACAAUAAUCCAAAAUAUGGACUUGAAACACACUAUUUCAGCGAAAAAUCCCAGGGUUCAAUUUCAUUUGCAUCUUUUUACAUUCAUAAUGAAGGUCUAAGGAAUGAAUACAUACGAAGAAACUUAACUAAAAAACACUAUAACUUGUAUACGAGAAUAGUUGAAUCAUCCAACUUUAAUUCUGAAACAAUAAUACGCGAAUUUCUCACUGAUGAUACCGGACAACCGUUUUGGGAUUUUUUAGAAAAGUUGAAAAAUCCUAUAUUAAGAAGGAAAAUAAGGAUAAAAGAAGCGUUGUACUUCGAAAUAAAUGUUAAACAUCUCUUGUCCAUAUGCGAGGAUUUUUUUCUCGAUGACAUUUAUGAUUAUUAUGAUAAAGAAGAGUUAAUUUUUUGCAGUAUAAUUCCAAAACCAAAUGGAUCAGCCUUUUAUAAAAUGCAAGAGUUGGAAGAAUACUUAUAUUUCUUAAAUUUUGAUCUUGUCAUGGAUAAAAAAGUUAAAGAAUCACUUGUUAGAACUAUAAUGCUCAUUUCCAGGCCUAGAAACUCACUCAUUGGUCUAUUAAGAAGUAGACAUCGUUCUAUCCCAAACGAUGUAUUUUUCUACUCAAAAAAAACAAUACAUUAUUCUUCGUUCGAGACCAUGUCCCGCCCGUUCGAGGGAAAGCAUAGCGAUUUACCAUAUUCAACUAAUGAAGAAGAUGAGUACAGAGUUAUCCCUAUGUUACCAUACUCUACAAUAAUUAAAGAACCCAAUGCAUUCGGUCACCAACUCGAGGGAUAUGGUUUAAAAAGUAUGAGAAAAAUGUAUAAUACUAUUAUAAGGUCAUAUAAGCCUAUAAAAACAAAGUACGCGGACACUGUAGGAUUAAUGGGUGAACUAGCAGACGAUAUUCAAGAUAUAAGAGAGUCUGAUUUGGACGAUAUAUUAAAUUAUGAGGCUUUUGCGGAUCUUCAUGAUGAAAUGAAUGAAGAUGUUACAAGUGAUAACAAGAAAAACCUCAGAAUCACAUCCAAAGAUUGGAAAUUAUUGAAUGAAUACCCUAUAACUGCUUCAAAAGAAGAUCUAAAAGAUUAUGUCCGAGCAUUGAAAAAUUUCUCUCCUGCUCAUGGAAUUAAGUUACCUACUCUAUGA